GUUUCUAUUAAUUACUGUAUAUGAAAAUGACAUAACAUUUGAGCACAUUAUUCAAAGUCUUAAGACAUGAUCAGCUGUGGAAUCACUAGACAUUUGAUGCUAUGUUUAUUAUCAGUUGUGUUGUCCUCUUUCAUCAAUGGCAUCAAUCAAUCAGUUCGCGAGUCUUCAUUUGAAUCAAUCUUUCGAUUCACAAAUCGUGUGAUUCAUUACAGAAUUCUUGAAGAGAAACAAAUGUCAAAUCCAGGAAAAGAUUUGGAAAAGAUAUACAAACUCGACGAUCAUAGCGAAGAACGUCUUAAAGAUUUUAAGACUCUUUGGUCGACCUCUUAUUUAAUAUCGAUAAUAACCGGUGCUAUCAUUGGUGGUUAUAUGGCUGAUAAAGUUGGUCGAAAAAAAGGUCUUAUUUGGAGUAAUAUCUUCAUAUUUAUUGCUGCAUUCUUCACAUCAUUCAGUUAUCGCUUCGGAUCAUAUGAGAUGAUAAUCAUCGGCCAAAUUCUUGUGGGCGCAAACAUAGGGAUCAAUUCAUGUUUAGCACCCAUUUAUCUAUCAGAAGUCAGUCCUAUUCGCUUAAGAGGUAUAUUUUCAUCUGUCUAUGUGUUGGGCACUGGACUCGCUCUAGUGAUCAGUCAAUCGGUGAUAACAAUAUUCAAAUUGGAAAACUGGGUUUACAUGUUCUCCUCAGUUAUUAUACCAUCAAUUUUGAUGCUUUUUAUUAUCAAUGAAUGUCCUGAAUCACCAAAGUUUUCCUUUAUCUUAAGAGGCGAUCAUACAAAGGGUCAAACGGCUCUUCAGAAGUUACGAGAAAAUUCAGAAGUAAACGAUGAGUUAUAUGAAAUGAAAGUCGAGUAUCAACUAAUCCAAAGAAGUCAAAGACUUGAAUUUCAGACAUUUCUUAACGAUUAUAAACUAAGAAACGCAUUACUCAUAUCAAUGACAGUAUCAAUGAGUCAACACUUAACGGGUAUAACAAGUGUUCCGUCUUUUGCCAAAUCUGUAUAUAAAGAUCUGUCUCUUUCCGAGAGAAGUCAAUCUUAUAUAUCAAUAGCACUGUUAACCAUCAGUUUCAAGAUAUCUUUAAUAUUUGCAAUUCUUGUUGAAAGACUCGGCCGAAGAACUCUAUUGUUGAUGGGAUUGUUAGGUGUGUUCUGCGCACUGAUAUUCCUAUCGUUUUGUAUCGCUUUAAGGGAAAGUCUGGAUGUUUUGAAUCACUUAAACAUAAUCACACUUUUUGUAUAUAUAAUCCUUUACUCUUGUGGUCCAUCUUUUAUACCGAACUUCUAUUUUGUUGAACUGUUCCGAACUGAUUGUCGAUCUAUCGGCGCCACCAUAUCAGUGGUCACUCUAUAUAUUGUUCCACUUAUUAUAUCCAUUAGUUUUAUAUCAUUUGAGACAAAUCUAGAGUCAUAUGUGGCCGCAGUUUUUGCAGUAUUAACAUUAAUCUUAUGGAUUAUCAUCUAUAAGACUGUCCCCGAAACCAAAGGAAAGACAAUUGAAGAAAUUAUUUAUGAACUCUAA